AGGGGCGCCUUAAUGUAGAAACUAUCGUACAGAUAAUCGCGAUAUCACAGCUCGAAUGAGUAAACAAGUCUAUGUAAAUUCAUAUAAUUAAUAUAGGUACCGCUUUCACUGUACGCGUUUACUAAUUUAAGUCUUAUCAAGCAGUAUGUUUUUCUUGUCACAAGCUAUUCAAAUUAACAAAGCCGAAUUGCAAUCGAACCAAGCGUUACAAGCAAGCAGAGCGAAAUUAUUCUACGGAUAUGGAUAUAAAUCAUAUGCUUUAUCUAUUGACAAACGAGACCUAUCGUGGGAACUUAUACAGGAUGUUUUUGCGUAGAGCAUGAAAACAAUGCGUCAAUAGCACUUACCGAUCGCAGAAGUUUUUCAGUUUGAAAUCGGUGGUGCAUAUUAACAGCCGCUUAAUACGGAUAUACCAACAACACUCAACAAAUUACAAAUAUGGGAUAUUGGUCAGAACUGUUGGCUUGGAUAUUAAGAGAUCCUGGAAAACUGAUACGCUAUUUAGUGCUUUUUGUGUGCUCCGUUAUUGUUAUUGUGCAGCUGUCGGAAUGUUUUACCAAACUGUAUAGUCCACCGAUAUCAACUCACUCAUAUUUUAGUCUAAACGAUACUGUAGAAAUGCCAGCUGUCACCAUAUGCCGCGAUCCACCAUACAAAGAAGAUGUGCUAAAUAGUAUGUCGGGAGGGACAUGCCCGCAUCCAAAAUAUGUAACCUGUUGGAAUGAUUUCCCUUUCAAUGAAUUGGAACUAGAUGAUUUUUUUAUGAACUCAACCUUCGACUUAGAAGAAACCUUACUAGGGGAACAAUAUGGGCUCAAUGGUCUGCCUGAGAAUUUAGAAAUCAAAAGCAACUUACAUUUCUACAUGGGGCGCUGUUACACGUUGAAGCCUAAAAUAGAUUUAAAACGUACUACUCGUACUUCUGGUUAUUCUCUAAUGCUUACGCACCACAUCGUGUCGGGAUCGAGCAUGGAAAUGACGCUGGAAAAAAAUCCAGGAUGGCACAUUUAUAUACAUGACUAUCGCCAUGAAUUUACAGAACUCAAUUUGAAAGGUACCGCACGGACGGAGUAUAUUUUCGCUGAAAUUGAUGAAGAAAUUGAAAUAAAGCUUCAAAGCCAACAAUUCAGAAACAUUGAGUCCAGAGACACGCCUUGCUCCGCUACACCAGAAUACAGCGACAUGAAGUGUGCUGAAUUAUGUGUUUUCGAAGAUUUAGUUACAAAAACCAACUGUACAGGUCCUUGGAUGGCCGGUAUAGCGCAGCAGCCAUGCAAGACCAAUAUGUCAAUGCGAAACCUUAUAAAGGAUUAUGGAAUAUACUAUGAGAGCGAUGACGACAUUGAAUGCGAUUGCAAGCGACCUUGUGAUGCGCGUAUUUAUUCGACAUUUAUACAAAGCAGAAAAAAGCUUUAUUCAGGACAACAAUAUACACAAGUGUGGAUUUAUUAUUCAACAAAAUUAGUUUCGCAGAUGGUGGAAGAGCGCCCCAGCUAUGACACUACUCAAUUCAUCGCAGACAUCGGUGGAUCAUUGGGAUUUCUGUUAGGCCUCUCUGUGCUGGGCUUAAUCGGCAUAUUGGAACAUCUAACCUUAUUUUUCUGCGGGGGCUUAAUUAAAAAACAAUUAGAACACGAGAAACAGUUGCAAGAUGAAGCAGAACGCCAGUCACAAAAUAGUGAUACUACAGAUACUACCGAUACAACGGAUACAACUCUGGAAAUAACCACAAUAUCUAAACAAAUGGAAAUGAAAUAUAGGGACGAAUAAAUUCUUGAGUUGCAUUAAAUGACCUUAUUUCCUUUUAGUAUAGUAAUUAUAAUAAUUACUAUGAUAAUUUAGUAUAUCUGUAAUAGUUAAGUAAGUUUAAUAAUUUGUAAUAAAACUGUACGCGCUAUUUGGUAUUUCGCAUUAACUAAACUUGUGACUCCAUCUCUGUCGUCAAAUUUGUUUACAUUUUUCUGUCACACUAAUAAAACAACUGUGCAAGAAGCUUUAACAUAAUAUUUUUGUUAUCAUUCCUCCUUUAGUUUAUUGACUACGUUUUCUUUUAUAUCCUAAAUAUUUAUAUUAGAAUCAACCCAAUUUGACAAACAACUCAACAAUUACCAACUUAUUUUAGUUCGACACACCUUUAACAAUUUUAGUCAAUGGUGUUCACGGAGCAACUUCUCUUUUAUCAAGUAAUACAUAUAAUUGGGUCAUAUUAUUUUAUAUAAGCUGUUUUCGAUUCGCCAUAUUGCGUUAUUUUCUUUUGUGAAAAAAGACUUUUUUCAAGUUGAAAUAAAAAAAAAAUGUGUACUGUAAUUUUUGUAUAAUUUGUUCUUUUAGACAUUGUAAAUUAUCAAUAGUACUGAACUUGGUUGCAUUUGACUAUAAAUA